AUGUCCAAGCUUAAGCUUCUCGUCUCCCAUAAGUACAACUCAAUUCACAAUCUCCCCGAUACAAUCAAACAAACCGCAACCAUGGGAAAGACUACCAAGUACAACGAUCGAGACUGCGCAGACCACGCCGGCCUUGCUGAUGGCACUGCCGCUGCUACCGAACACCUUCCCCGCUACUUCGCCAAGUCAGGCCACGUCGAUGUUGACCCCAAGAAGACCAAGAAGAAUGGUGCCGGAAAGGGUGGAUGGGGUGUUGAUGGUGAGGAAGUCCAAGAUGAAGGCUUCAACUUCAACAACGCUCGCCGCCGCUCCAACAGCUCCUCUUACGCUGCUGGCUUGAAGGACUUCAAGACCAAGUUCGAGCACGUUGAGCAAGACCCAGUCUUCGAAGAGGACAUCCACGGUGCUAUCCUUGAGGACGAUCUCCCUGCAGCUCAACGUGUCAACACUAAGAGCUCCGAUGGCAGCACUGAUGAGGAUGAGAAGGUCAAGAGCGCUUAA